AUGCCAGCUCAGUACACUCUCUACUCGCACCGAGGUCCUGGACCCAAUCCCCUCAAGGCUGCGGUCCUUCUGGAGCAUCUUGGUCUCUCGUACGACGUCGUUCCCCUCGACUUCGGUGACGAUCCUGAGAAGGGUGUCAAGGGAGCCAAGUUCCUCAAGAUUAACCCCAACGGAAGAGUUCCUUGUCUCGUCUCCAACGAUGGCGAUGGCUUCAGCGUUUGGGAGAGCGGUGCGAUCCUCUACUAUCUGGUUGACAAGCAUGAUAAGGAGGGAAAAUUCCUCGGCAAGACGCCUGAAGAACGUGCAAUUGUCAUGCAAUGGUUGACCUACCAGCUCAGUGGCUUGGGUCCCGUUCAGGGCAACGUCAACUUCCUAUACCACUAUUGGCAGGAAGCAUACGGCGAGAAACCGCAAAAGUCUGCCUUCACCCGAUUCGAGGGUGAAACCGCACGUCUCUACCAAGUGCUCGAGGAUCAGCUGAAGAAGCAGGAGCAGCGAGGUUCGAGCUUCAUUGCUUUGGACCGACCCACUAUUGCCGACUUUGCUUUCUGGACCUGGGUCAGGAUCGCUAGAUUUGGUAAAAUCGAUCUGUCGCCCUACCCUGCGGUGCAGAAGUGGUGCGCUACCAUCGAGAACGAUGCUAAGUCUCAGGCCGCGAUCCAGAAGCUUCCUAUCAAGUAA